CAGUCAGUCAGGCAUCAACACAGACAUCCCAGGUUGUGAAGUCAAACGGAUUUGGACCACCAAAAGUGGUCCCACGAUGGGGAAGACUGGGCAGAGUACGGUGGACUUGAACUCCCCAUCAGAGGUCAAACAAGCUGUUCCUUCUGAGGAGCUGGAUCCUGCAGCUCCGCCUGCAGAUGAAACACAGAAAAAGGAGGUUCUACCUGAGAGGGGAAGCUGGAAGGGGAAGUUUGACUUCCUGCUGUCGUGUGUAGGCUAUGCCAUUGGUUUAGGAAACGUCUGGAGGUUUCCUUAUCUGUGUGGCAAGAAUGGUGGAGGUGCCUUCCUGAUCCCGUACUUCAUGACCCUGGUGUUUGCAGGGAUACCCCUCUUUUUCCUAGAGACAGCUCUAGGCCAGUUCACCUCAGUGGGUGGACUGGGAGUGUGGAAACUCAUCCCCAUGAUGAAAGGUGUUGGUUUGGCUGCAGUCGUCCUCUCCUUUUGGUUAAACAUCUACUACAUCAUCAUCAUCGCUUGGGCUAUUUAUUACUUAUUCAACUCCUUUGGCUCGGAGCUUCCUUGGCAGAGUUGUGAUAACUACUGGAACACAGAGGACUGUUUUUCCAACUACAGCGUGACGGACACCACCAACCUGACCAGCGCUGUCACUGAGUUCUGGGAACGUAACAUGCACCAGCUAACUGGGGGUCUGGAGGAACCAGGAGAGCUACGCUGGCCGCUAGUGGGUACCCUGGCUCUGUCAUGGGUCCUUGUCUACUUCUCAAUCUGGAAAGGAGUGGAGUGGACAGGAAAGGUUGUUUAUUUCUCUGCCACCUAUCCCUACUUCAUGCUGUUCAUCCUGUUUUUCCGAGGGGUCACACUUCCCGGAGCCAUAGAUGGGAUCCUCUUUUACAUCACUCCAGACUUCAAUAAGCUCGUCCGAUCUGAGGUGUGGCUGGACGCAGCGACUCAAAUCUUCUUCUCCUACGGGUUGGGCCUUGGCUCGCUCAUCGCUCUGGGAAGCUACAACCCUUACAACAAUGAUGUCUACAAGGACUCUGUUAUAGUGUGCUGCAUCAACUCCUGCACCAGCAUGUUUGCUGGAUUUGUUAUCUUCUCGAUUGUAGGCUUCAUGUCUUACAUCACAAAGAAGCCUGUGCAGGAACUGGCAGCCUCAGGUCCAGGUUUAGCGUUUUUAGCUUAUCCUCAGGCAGUCACCCAGCUCCCUAUGUCUUCUCUGUGGGCCAUCCUGUUUUUCUCCAUGCUCAUGAUGCUCGGCUUGGACAGUCAGUUUUGCACAGUCGAAGGUUUCAUCACAGCCCUCAUGGAUGAGUAUCCUCUGGUGCUGAGGAAGAGGAAGAAGGUCUUCAUCCUUAUUAUUUGCUUCAUCUCCUUCAUCAUUGGUUUCUCCAAUAUCACUCAGGGCGGUCUCUAUGUCUUCAAGCUGUUUGAUUACUACUCUGCCAGCGGGAUGUGUCUUCUCUUCCUUGUCUUUUUUGAAACAGUUUCCAUAUCGUGGUUUUAUGGAGCUGAAAGAUUUUACAAGAACAUUGAGGACAUGAUAGGCUAUCGGCCAUGUGUCUGGUGGAAGCUUUGUUGGCUGUUCUUCACCCCUCUGAUCUGCCUGGGGGUGUUCACCUUUAGUGCCAUCGAGAUGACUCCUCUUUCCCUUGGAAAGUACGUGUACCCACUUUGGGGCCAAGUUAUCGGAUGGCUCAUGGCUUUGUCUUCAAUGGUACUCAUCCCAGGCUACAUCAUCUACAUGUUCUGUACUACCAAGGGCAGCAUCAAACAGCGUUGGCGGAGGAUGACAACCGCCCAGGAGGAUGAGAAGCCGUCGGAGUCGGAAGAAUUCACACACACAGGAAGCGUGGGGGAAGCUACUGUCUAG